GACAAAUAGGUUUAGGGUCUAGAUAUAAAAUUCUUAAAUCACCAUUUUCGCCAUCCUUCCUGCAACGGAGUAUCAUUUUCUCGCUUCAACAACAAUGGCCUUUGUCAAAGCACAAAAGUCAAAGGCAUACUUCAAGAGGUUUCAGGUCAAGUAUAAGAGAAGGAGAGAGGGGAAAACUGAUUAUAGGGCAAGGAUUCGCCUAAUUAAUCAGGACAAGAAUAAAUACAACACUCCAAAGUAUCGAUUUGUCGUGCGAUUUACCAACCAAGAUAUUAUUGCACAAAUAGUAUCUGCUAGUAUAGCUGGAGAUAUUGUUAUGGCUGCAGCAUAUGCCCAUGAACUGCCUCGCUACGGACUUGAAGUGGGUCUCACAAAUUAUGCAGCAGCUUACUGUACUGGGCUUCUUUUGGCUCGCCGUGUCUUAAAAACGCUUGAGAUGGAUGACGAGUAUGAAGGCAAUGUGGAGGCAACUGGAGAGGAUUACUCAGUUGAGCCAGCUGAGAGCAGAAGGGCUUUUCGUGCUCUUCUUGAUGUAGGUCUUAUUAGAACAACUACUGGAAAUCGUGUUUUUGGUGCUCUGAAGGGAGCGCUGGAUGGAGGAUUAGAUGUUCCCCACAGUGACAAGAGGUUUGCUGGAUUUGUGAAGGAUUCUAAGCAGCUUGAUGCUGAGGUUCACAGGAAAUACAUUUAUGGUGGCCACAUUGCUGCAUACAUGACGACAUUGAUGGAAGAUGAACCAGAAAAGUAUCAAUCACACUUCAGUGAGUAUAUCAAGAACGGACUUGAGCCAGAUGGCCUUGAGGAAUUGUACAAGAAAGUCCAUGCGGCCAUCCGUGCUGACCCUACUGUGAAGAAAUCUGAAAAACGGCCACCUAAGGAACACAAGAGGUACAACUUGAAGAAGCUCACCUACGAAGAGAGGAAAGCUCGUUUGAUUGAAAGAUUGAAUGCACUAAAUGCUGCAGGAGCAGGAGAUGAAGAUGACGACGACGAUGAGUGAAAAGUUUUAGAACGGAAUAUUUUUGACGAUUUUGUUUUCUGCAUCCGAAACCACUGUUUUUGUUAGUCUGUUACCUGUUUUACCAAUUUUUUUGCAGCUUUCUUGCCCUUUUUAGUGGAGAAAUUGUAGUUGGAAUUUAUUUGACAUGAAAUGAAAUUUUACAUAAUUUAAUCUUUU